UGGGUGGUGCCACCUUAACAGCAGUGGGAGAUGUUACCUCUGAUUGGGUCUGGCUGGGAACUCCCUCGAGCUUCAAAAGCUUAAACAUCCCUGGAAAGGGCCUGAGCUGAGUGAAGGUUUGGAGGGAACCAGGAGCUCAGAAGCAUGUCUGGGAAGCCCAGGCUUACCUACCUUAAUGGAAGGGGGCGAAUGGAGUCCAUACGAUGGCUGUUGGCAGCAGCCGGCGUGGAGUUUGAAGAAAUUUUUCUGGAAACAAAAGAGCAGUAUGAAAAGAUAAUCAAAGAUGGAAGCCUGAUGUUCCAGCAAGUGCCCCUGGUUGAGAUCGAUGGGAUGAAGAUGGUGCAGACCAGAGCUAUCCUCAGCUACAUAGCAGGGAAAUACAAUCUCUACGGGAAAGACUUAAAGGAGAGAGCCCUGAUUGAUAUGUACGUGGAAGGAAUAAUAGAUCUGAUGCAAAUGAUUUUGAUGUUUCCUUUCUCUCCACUGGAGGCAAAGGAGAAAAAUCUUGACUCAAUUAAGGAGAGGGCAACUAACAGGUACUUCCCAGUCUUCGAAAAGAUUUUGAAACAACAUGGCCAAGACUUUCUUGUGGGCAACAAAUUCAGCUGGGCAGAUGUUCAGCUAAUUGAAGCCAUUUUAGCAGUGGAGGAGAAAGUACCUGCUGUGCUGUCAGGGUUUCCUCAGUUGCAGGCUUUUAAAGGAAGAAUGAGCAAUAUGCCUACAAUUAAGAAGUUCCUGCAGCCUGGCAGCCCGAGGAAACCGCCCCCAGAUGAACAUUAUGUAGAAACUGUGUUGAAGAUUUUUAUGAAAUGAAUGCCUUGCUACCUUCAGUGAGACCCUAAAUACUGGUGGGGGGGAGGAACCAAAGGCAAGAGGAAACUCGGUAAAUUGGUACUGUUGUAACUAAAACCAAUGGUUGAAAAGUAAA